AUGGCGACGAUCGUGCAAUCACAAUCCCGCACAAUCCUGGCAACCGCCGCCGCCAGCGGUGGCGGUCUCCUGACGACGGUGGCCAGUCUUCCACCCCGCUACAAACUCCAGUAUACCGCCGACGUGACAGAUAAACAGAAGGAACUGGCCACCACCGUCACCAUCGUCACCAAGACUGGGGACAGUCCGCUGGAUUUGACGGUGCGUCCGGUAACGGUUGGACCCAUCAUCACACCACCGGCCACACCGUCUCCCCUCAAGAAGCGAUACCGCGAGGACAAUCUGCACAACUUUGUGCGCGUCGAAGAGCCACAGGCGAAGAAGGUAAAAGCGGAACCCACCGACAUCGUCACCGCCCCGGAACCGGUCGAUCCGAUGAUCGCGAAGAAAGAUCUCGUCACUCCAGCGAAACCUUCGGCGGUGGCCAUGCCACCGAAGAGCACGAAAAACCCACCGCCACCAUCGGCCGCUACGAAGGAACGGCGUGCCAAGGCGAUACGGAAGUUAAAGUUUGACGAGGAAAACUCUUCGCCGGUCUCGGGCACGAUCAUUAUUUCGCUCGAGGAAGCCAUGAACGGGGAUGCACCGCGGGAAUCGGGCGAUAUUGAUCCACAGUUCAAUCUGGUCGAGGUUUCGGAUGAGGUACGCGCGGAACUAGCGGCCAUCACGAACGUAAUCGGUGCGUACAAUUGCAAGCUGUGUCGAUUGGAGUUUGAGGAUGCAUUUGGUUUGGCCCAGCAUCGCUGUUCCUGCAUCGUGCUGCUCGAGUACCGGUGCCCGGAAUGUGGCAAACGGUUCAACUGUCCGGCGAACCUGGCUUCCCAUCGUCGCUGGCAUAAACCACGCGAACAGGCGCCGGAGCGAAGUGAAUCGACCGACUCGGAUUCGGCCAGCGGCAAGUUCCGGUGUGAACAGUGUGACAAAACGUUCAAACGGCCAGCCUACCUCAAGAAGCACCAGCAAACGCACAACAGAGCGGCAUCGCACAAAGCGUCCCAGGCGAAGAGUGGCACCAGUGCACCGGCCAGUGUGCCAACGAAAUCGAAUGAAGACUCCAACCACUCGAACCUCUCGCACCAGUCGGCCGAUAGUAGCGUCACCAGCGUCAUCUACACAACAUCCGGUCCUGCUACCGAUCCGAUGGCCACAACGGAACAAUCAUCACUGACGGUGUUUACGAUUGUCGCGAAUGGCGAUCAGGCGGAUAGUGGAGCGCGACCUGGCAGUGAGUACUACUAUGGCGAACCGACCGUAACGUUCAUCCAGCAGCAGCAGCAGCAGCAGCGUGCACCUUCGGUUGUGUCCUCCUCGGGACGCGGUAGUGCCGCUCCGGAUCAUGACGACGAUCCGGAUAGCGAUUGUGAGGAGCGUACACUCGUCAUCAAUGAGGAUUAUCGCGAGGAGGAAGAGGAGGAGGACGAGAACGACGAAGAUGAAAUGGAGCGUCAGUACCGUUCAGCCUACUGUGAUCGGUUCACCGAGGAAGAAAAUCUGGCCGCCGCCGCUCUCGCUCGUCUCCGUAAUGGACCUUCGGUCAUCCGUCACACCACGGCACUGGUAGUGUAA